CAUUAGCACAACAGAAGUGCCGAAGCCUCAAGAAAUUCUUUCAAGGAUACAAAUAUAAACAUGUUGUGAGCUUUUCAGCAUUUACGGAAAAAUCAACUUUCAUUCAGUAAAAAUUUUAUUUGAGUAGGGGUUGAGCGUCGUCUAAACAAAUGUGUACAAUACUUGAUAUUCUUUGCACUUGUUGACGCGUGCGACGACGGUAAAGUCGUUUAAUAUACCGCGAUUAUGCGCUUUGCUUUAUUGCACCUUUUCCUUUCUUAUGCUUCAGCUGCCUACGUACAAUGGCAACAUUGCGAUGGUUACACACCUGAUGAGAGUAGAUUCGUCCCGGAGACUCUAUCUACCAGCUUAAUACACACCAACAAAACUCAUGACCGACUUUCCCUAGUCGUCGGCCGCCGGACGAGCGGCAGUGGAUGUGAAGAAUGGGCUACGAGAAUAGCGGCGACAGACGUUGAACUCGAUCAGCUUCGCUCCACGAGUAUUCGCCGUACUACACCUAAUAUAACUUGCCAACAAAUCCCAACCAUAAACCAAUCGCGUUUGAUCAUGGAGGCAGCCAUCGAUACAAGAGCUUUCCAUUCAUUUUCUACCUUUCACACUACGAUUCACUUAAUUGACCAUGAUGCAAAUGAAAACGGCUGUCUACAAGCUAACAUCACCCCUGAAAUUACCCCUGCUUUACGAGGGGCGUUGCGAUAUGUGCCGUUAAGCAUCCUCUUCUUCGUUCUACUAAUCGGCAUUGCUAGGUCUGUCCAAGACAGUCUCAAGUCGUCAGCGGCUUCACUCAGGGCCGUUCUUCCAGGGUUUGCCGAUUGUUUGCAGUACCUUCAGUUCAUCUUCCUCACAGGAAGUUUGAGCCUGUUCUACCCAGGCUUCUAUCAGCCCGCGGUUAGCCGGCUGGGAUGGAUGUCGCUUUUUGCAGAUGAUUUGGUCCCAAGCAGGUUUGCUUAUAAGGGCAUCCAUGAUGGGAUCUACGAGAUAAACGGUACUUAUGGAGGGACGUUCGGCCUCGAGUUGAUGACUCAAAUUGUUGGUGCUCCCACCAUAAUGGACACAUGGGUGAAUAUGGUCGUACUUAUUGUUGUUAUCGCGGCCUUUUCCGCUCUUUGCCUGGAGAUUUUCUGGCUUUCAACUCGACCUGAUGGUUCCGAUACUGGUCUACUUCGGACUUUUAAUCGCACCUUGCACGUUGUUCUAUCUUACUUCAUGCUGCCUCUAAUAGCACUAUCGUGCUAUCAACUUGACAAUGCGUCGUAUCUGCCAUACUGGCAUAUUCUAUAUGCAUCGGCCUUCAUACUCAGUAUCCUUGUCGCAUUUGUCUGGCUCUUCUUCCAGAUCCCAAUGCGAAGUCUAGGUAUUCUGAUCUUCAAUGGCCGCAAACAAUACCGCCAGGUAUCUUCAUCGGAUGGCCUAACUCAGCAGCAUAAAUCGUUCAUCAUUGUUCUUUUUGUGCUAGUAUUUAUCCGCGGUAUCGCCAUCGGGGGGCUUCAGAUAUCGGGAAAGGCACAGUUAGUAGUCCUCGCAGCGUGCGAACUCGUCUUACUAGCAUCCAUCAUUCAGUUUCAGGCCUAUAGUCUAUUCUCGAUUGAUACGGUGUCUGCCAUCAUUCGACUUGGGACGUUAUUAUGCAUGGUCGCUUUUGUGCCUGGAGUCGCAUCAGACAAUGCGAGAAGUGCCGUCGGCUAUCUAAUCCUUUUUACACAUGCGUGUGUACUCGUUUUCGGGUUUUUUAUCCCAGCUUUAAUACAGCUUGGAAAGUUAUGUUAUCAACAUUCAGACGAUCCAGCCCCUUCAGUUUAUGGUCUUCGCCAACUUCGCCGGCGUGAAGCUGUAAGGAUUAAUUUGCCGGACCGCCCCGAAUCUUAUCCAUCUCCGGAAAAUGACAGUUAUCGAGAUAGCUCUGUAUAUCUUGAAUCUGCACACCACUCGGGCGGCAGUAGCGGUUCCCAUCGUGACUCGGCUUCCACUUCAAGCUGGAGUUACUAUCGACCUCCGCGACACAGCCGCAUCUCUCCGCAACACUCUAUGAACCCCCUUCAGGAUUAUGUUCAAUCGCAGCAGACAUAUUCGGAAAAUCAAAGUGUGUAUUGUAACUCUGCAAAUUACUCGAGGCCAUCUUCUGACACUGGUUCUUCGGGGUCUUCGGAGAGUGGGUCAUCAUCCCCAGUGGCGGCUACUGAUACCGAUACGAAGUCUUUACAUCCACGAUGGGGCGACUAUUCAUUCCGUGAAUCUGAUCUAUAUUACGGCACGCCAGGGCCGACGGAGACAGGACGUAUCGCGCUUAGAGCUCCCGAGGCUGCGACGUCGAUGUCUUCGAGACGAUCCUUUUCCCUGCAGGGAUUAUGGGCAGGGGUGUCUAGAGAGUCGCGCACCACGGAAAGGGGUUUCUCGGUUGUCAGGCCUCCUCGGCCUUCGAAUCUGCCAUCUUGACUUGUUCGCAAAGGUAAGAUAGGGGUCAUUGAACACGGCUGGCCCGUGGACUCGAUGCUUCCUAACUUUUUAGGUAUCAGCCUCAAAGAAGAUGCUUCCUGCGUUCGUAAUUGUAAAACUCUUUAGAGCCCGUAUCCCUGCCGGGAUAUCGCUUAACAUACAAUUAAUUUUUUUCCAAUUAUAUAGGAGCGCUGCAUUAUACACGAAUAUUCGUGAAUGGUUUAAUGAGACUUUUUAAGAUAUUACUAGCGAAUCUUGGUAUGUCUUGUAAUUAAUGUCUGUUGCUGUCAAAGCCUUACGAAUUAGGUACAAUAUACAAUCUCUAAAUACACU